UGGUAGUGAGCAAGGCACCGGGCGACUCAUUUUGGUGACUACCAGGUGAUCAGAGUCUGCUGCUGCUGCAAGGCCCUUUAUCCGUGAAGCUCCUAGCACUCUCUGGGGAGGAUGGAGCGCUCGGCAGAUGGGGUGGUGGAAGGCUCUGAUAUUGGGUCACAGAAAGACAGAGUGGUGACCGAGGAGGAAUGGCUGCAAAAAUGGGAAACGGGUAACAUCGGGUUUCACAAGGAACAAGGGCAUCCGCUCUUCCAGAAGUAUCUGGAUGUUCUUUUAAAUGGCAGGAGUGGACUGAGGGUAUUUUUCCCACUUUGUGGUAAAGCAGUAGAGAUGAAAUGGCUGGCGGAUAUGGGACACAGCGUGGUUGGUGUGGAAGUCAGUGAGCAAGCGCUGAAGGAAUUUUUUGCAGAACACAAUCUGCCUUAUUGCGAGGAGCCAGUCCCAGAGAUUUCAGGAGCAAAAAAGUUGCGGAGUGCCUCUGGGAACAUUUCUCUGUACUGCUGCAGUAUUUAUGAUUUGUCCAGCUCAAUAGUUGGCAAGUUUGAUGGGGUUUGGGACAGAGGAUCUCUAGUAGCUGUGAAUCCAUGCGACAGACAACGCUAUGUCAGUUUGAUGAUCACCCUAAUGGAGAAAAAUUCUUCUUAUCUCCUCGUUACGGUUUCAUAUGAUCCAAACAAACACAAAGGCCCACCGUUUUAUGUUCCGGAAUCUGAAAUUAAAAGCUUGUUUGGCAACCACUGUGAGAUUAAGCGUCUUCAAAAAGUUGAUGACUUCUCAGACAGACACAGACAAUGGGGACUAGAUUAUUUUCUGGAGGUGCUAUAUAUACUAAAGUUUGUAGCUUGAUUUGAAUUAAUUAAAAUAACUUACCUCCCA